AUGGCCAAUUUACUUCGAAAAGGAAAUCGAACUGAAGCAGCUGCACCACCAGCUCCAGCACGUGCACCACCAGCAGCUACUGGUGGAACCAGUACAAAAAAACUCGAUGAUGGAGCAUUUACUCCAUGGGAUUUAGCACAAAUUUGGAUUGAAAGCGUGUCAAAAGAAGAAUCAACUCGAAAACAAUGGAAACAAAUGUACGGUUGGAUGGCGGACUAUGAUCCUAAAGGAAAUUUAAAACCAGACAAACCACCACUACAAAAUUCAACACGUUUUUCAAACACGAUUCCUAAUUCUCGUGGUCAUGAUUAUGGUUGGCGUUUACAAACUGAUUCCGGACAAGAAAUUCGAAGUCUACAGACACGUUUUGAUGAUCAGCAUAAAAAACGUGUGCCAAAAGAAAUACUUGGCUAUGAUUAA